GUGUUUAAUGCGUGAGCGCACUCGAAAACGUCGAAAACCGAUGCGAUGAUGACACUUUUGAAGAUUUUUACUUUACAUUCGUAAAUAAAAAUACAAGCCACCUGUCAGCAUCAGCGGAUGAAUCAUAAUUAAUCGAGAAAGUUAAAAGAAAUUUCUUGUUGUAUUUCGAAUUUCGCAAGUUUUGAUUCUUUCUCGGUAAAUACCAUCCCUGCUUACAGAGAAACUGUCAGAAAACAAAGCGCAAUGUCGGGCAUGCCAGAUCAACAAUUUCUGUGGAACAUUUUCCAAAAAGUGGACCGCGACAGAAGUGGACAUAUAUCGGCCGAUGAGCUACAGCAAGCACUAUCUAACGGCACGUGGAAUCCGUUCAACCCGGAAACGGUUCGUCUGAUGAUCGGAAUGUUCGACCGACAGAACCGUGGCAGUGUCAGCUUUCAGGACUUUGGGGCACUUUGGAAGUACGUCACCGAUUGGCAGAAUUGUUUCCGCUCCUUCGACACAGACGGUUCGGGCAACAUCGACAAAAAUGAGCUGAAGCAAGCGCUGACGGCUUUCGGGUAUCGCUUGUCGGACGGAUUAUACGAUACGUUGAUCCGGAAGUUUGAUCGAUAUGGGAACGGCACGAUACUGUUUGACGAUUUUAUUCAGUGCUGCGUAAUUUUGUACACAUUGACGUCAGCUUUCCGGCAGUACGAUACGGAUCAGGAUGGCGUGAUAACCAUUCACUACGAACAGUUCCUCAAUAUGGUCUUCAGCUUAAAAAUUUAACUGGGUAAAUUUUUGAAUGCUUUCUUCUACGCCAUCCGCUACACCAUUUAAAUUUUAAGAUAAAUGAGAACACUUGAAGUGAGUUAAAUCUUAAAUAUGCUUCAAAUUCAUUGAUUUUUGUUAGAAUUUGUGAUACAUGUGGAUGUGAGCGUCUAUUAUCAAAUAUGUAUUGGCCUUCAAGUAUGGGAAUAAAAAUUAUCAACAAAAGUAACUGAACAAAACUAAAUUUGACAAGAUUAACACAUACCACAUGGCGACAACUUUUGUAUGCGAACAAGCCCAAGCUUUGCUUAUUCUACUGAAGGAAUAAGGUAAGGUAUUUUUUUUAAAUGCUUCAAUUUACACGAUAUAUUUGUCACUCUUGUGCAAGUAUCGAAUAUGUUGCUUAAAAUCAUGCUUAAGUACCGUUAACUUCAAUGAUGUCGCUGGACAAAGUUAUCAAUUAUGUUUCAGUCAAUCAUAACUUAUUAAAUUCUGAAGCAGGACAGCAGGACAACAACAAAUUUCAUUCCUAAUCCAAUCAGAAAUCGAUCAAAUCUCGUCCUUGUGGUUGUUUGUUAAUUUUUUUAAAUUUGUCGUUAUGAUUUGACAUAAUGUUAUAUUUUUAUACUAAGACAGUUUAUAACAAUAGUAAAACAAAGAACAGGAUCAAAUAUUACAAUUGCCAAAUUAUAACAAAAAUUCUAUCGAUGUUGAUGGGUUAUUAAUAAAGUUUUCUACAAUACAAAUGUUUGAAUAAAAUAUUUAAUAGUAUUUCAUUGAAA